AUGCCGCCUCAAGGAAAUAUGGAUGAUUCUGAACAGAAUCCGUCUAGGGUCAGAACGACUAUUGGCAUUGACGAUAAGUUACCAACAUCCAGUUUUUCAAGCACAGCGCCGACCGACGACGACGAUGAUGAGAAAUUCCAGUAUUCCCUAUCAGCAUUCGAAAAAAUUGUCAACUUUUUACUCUGUCGAUGUGAUCUCUCUGACCAAGUGCUCGAAUUCAAACCAGUAUCUCUCCUUCAACUGUUUCGCUUCGCCACGCCGUUCGACUACAUUCUUCUAUUAAUUGGGUUGGUGACAUCAGUCAUAUCAGGAGUUUCUCAACCGGUUCUUGCAAUUAUUUCGGGUCGACUGACAAAUGUAUUGCUGGUUGUGGAUCCUUUGAGUAAAGAGUUCAAGAACAAAGCGAUGGAAAAUGUGUACAUAUUUUUGGGUCUAGGAAUUUUCGUAUCCCUCAACGAUUUUCUACAGUACAUGUGCUUCCAACGAGUUUGCAGUCGAAUGAUGACUCAAAUGAGAAACCGGUACAUUUCUUCGAUUCUUCGACAGAAUGCAGGAUGGUUUGACAAAAACUUGUCGGGAACUAUUACUACUAGAUUGAACGACAACAUGGAACGAAUCCAAGAUGGAGUUGGAGACAAGCUUGGUGUCCUCAUCAGAGGAAUUUCCAUGGUGCUCACAUCUGUCAUAAUAUCUUUGGUCUAUGAAUGGAGAUUGGCUUUAAUGAUGAUCGGACUGAUUCCUGUCUCUACAAUUUGUAUGACACUCUUGUCUAGAUUCUUGGAGAAGAGCACUGCCAAUGAAUUGGAAAAUGUUGGAGUCGCUGGAGCAAUUGCUGAAGAGGCAUUGAUGGGUGUACGAACGAUCCAGGCAUUUAAUGGACAAGAAGAGAUGGUAGCCAAAUAUGAGGAACAUUUGAAUUCUGGAAAGAAACAUGCUAUUAUCGGAGGAUUUUGGAGUGGUUUCUUUGGUGGUCUGUUUUUCUUCUGGCUCAUGGCAUUUAUGGGUUGUGGAAUUCUUUACGGUGGUUACCUUCUUAAAGUUGGAAUCAUUAAAUCACCAGGAGAUGUUUUUAUCAUUGUCAUGGCAAUGCUUCUCGGAGCAUAUUUCCUCGGUCUCAUUUCCCCACAUCUUAUGGUUCUCCUCAAUGCAAGAGUAGCCGCCGCCUCGAUUUACAAAACCAUUGACAGAGUUCCAAAGAUUGAUCCAUAUGCUAGCGGAGGAAAGAAAUUGGACAAAGUUGUAGGUAGAGUCACAUUCCGAAAUGUUCACUUCCGGUACCCAACCAGAAAAGAAGCAAAAGUAUUGAAUGGAUUGGAUUUGACUGUGGAGCCAGGAACUUCUGUUGCAUUGGUUGGUCAUUCGGGAUGUGGAAAAUCGACUUCAGUUGGAUUGCUGACAAGACUUUAUGAGCCAGAAGAUGGAACUGUUCAAGUUGAUGGAGUUGAUGUUCGAGACUUGAAUUUGGAAUGGCUUCGUAAUAUUGUAGGAAUUGUCCAACAAGAACCAAUUUUGUUCAAUGACACUAUUCACAACAAUCUUCUAAUUGGAAAUACUGGUGCUUCCCGCGAAAAAAAUGAUUGA